AUGCAUCACAGACAUCACUCCUUGCUGACCAUUAUCCAACUGGAAAUCGACACACAGUCACCUCUUGCUAAGGAAGAAGAAACUGAACUUCCAGACUCUCUUGGUGAAUUGAUCAAGCUUCCUGCAGACAUCAUGAGUCCAAACCUCAAUGGCAUCAAGUUUGAUAACCCCCACCUCAAUAUGAAUGGUUCACCUGUGUACACAUCCAGAAGGGAAGGCUUCAAGACCAGGAGACAGGGGCUAAGUCCAGGUGACCAAAGUCAAGGCUGGGAGACAGGGGCCAAGUCUGGUUGGACCAAAGUUAAGGCCAGAGGUCAGGGGUUAAGGGGUUAA